CAAGCCCAAUGGGAGGAUGUAAAAUUAUUUUGGAAUAAGAUCGAAUUUGAAAAAGCUGAAAUAAACACUCAAUUGUUAGAGAAGAAGUUGGACAAAAUUGAGACAAAACAACAACUCCAGGCAACCAAAAAUGCCUCAAACCAGAUAAAUGUAAUCCAGAAUAGAUUUAUCAACAAGAGCAAGAAACGUGAACAUGACUUGCAGGUCGAUAAGGAGACAUCAAAAAGGCAUCAAACAAGAAGUGGGAGAGUUACUAUACCAGAUUAUAAUGAAGAAACAGAUGAAGCAUCAAGUUCCGAUAUAACCGACAUUUUAGGAAACACUAUUGAUUACUCGGAUGCUACAAAAGAAAUUUUUUCGAUUUAUAAAGAACAAUAUCCCGAUGGUGAUCUAAUUGAUCUUCGACUAAACUCUCCAUUUCUUAAAAAACUUCCAGAACCGACAGCAAGAUCGUAUCUAAUGGAGAUGGAUACCGUGACUGAAUCAUUGGUUCCUAAAAUUGUACAUGAUUUUCUAGUGAAAUUUUUUUCGAAAAAUUUAAGUGCCAAAGAAUGGCACUGCGAGAUCGACGAUUUAAAAUCUCCUGAACCGAAUGAUCCCGUGAUGACAGCAGUAGUGAGAGCUAUACGCAGUACCUUACCGCAAUUUAUUAAGGCAUUUUCACUUGAGGAUCAAAAUCCUCUUUUAAACAUUUCAACAAUUGAAGGGAUUUAUCUUAAUUCGUUUGUUCAUCCAUGUUUCGACGCUUUUUUAUGGUAUAUAGCAAAUGUAAAUUACGAGUAUGGAGAAAUUACAUCGAAAAGCCAUGUCAAUAGGAAUCGUGCAGAUGGCGCAGGAUUCAUGGCAGAUGCUGACAAUUAUCAGCUCGUCUACGUGGAAGGUUCGAGGCCGGUAGCAAGGGAUGAUAAGGAAAUUAACGAUCUAGAAAAAAUAAGUAAUUCGAAGAAGAUGUUUGCAGAAAUUGUGAAGGGUAUUGUUAAAAACAGAAGGCGUCUGCCGAGUACAUUACGUGUAUUUGGUGGCCAAAGCUUUCGUCGUCGAAUACAUUUAUUUUAUAUUGAUUACCGUGGUGUCGAUAACGCUAAUCUUCCUCGAAAAUUUUCCGAAAUGAAAGAUUUCAUUUAUUUUUACGAAUGUGUACUGAAGUGGGCGUUAUUGGUCCGAAAUGUUACCGAAUCCUUUGAUCUAGCUAGAACCGAACCGAGACCAUCACGACUUUCGUUCGCGAAUGCCCUAUUUCAACUGGAUGAAUGA